UGUUUUUUAAUGCUCAGUUUAGUAGUAUUUUAUUUUUGCCUUUUUUAGACGUUCUCUAUAUAAGUAGAUAUUAUAAACAAUCAAAGUGAAAUCAAUACAAUGAUUUGACCAUUUUGAAUUUUAUGUUUUGAGAACAUAUUUUUCUGUAACGGCCAUGGCAGGGUGGAUUGAUUCCGGAGAUGUGAAAACAGAGGAUUUGCGGAGAAGAGUCAGUGCUGAAUUUGAGCGUCCCAAAAUGUCUGAGCUGAGGGUUGUGCUGCUGGGGAAGUCUGGAGAACUGAGGAGUAAAGUGGGGAACAUCAUCCUGGGGGCAGAGGUCCUUUCAGUGAAAGAUCAGUGUGAGAGAGCACGAGGUCUGGUGAAUGGGAAGCGUGUGGCUCUGAUCAACACUCCAGACUUACUGGACCCCAAGCUCCCCGAUAGGAAAUUAUUCUAUCAGAUAGAGAGAUGUGUUACCCUGUCUGCCCCAGGUCCUCAUGUACUCCUGCUGCUGCUGGAGAACGGCAACAUUACAUCUGAGGGGAAACAAAGAUUAGAGAGAAUCCUGCACUCUUUCAGCCCUGAGGCCUUCAGGUACUCGAUGGUACUGACCACACAGGAGAGUGAAAGCACUCGCUUUGACCUGUCUUAUACCCAAGUUCUGCAAAUGUGUAGUAGAAGGUGUUACAAGUUUCACAACAUAGAUGAGAUUAAUUACACCCAGGUUACUGAACUAAUGGAGAAAAUAGAGCAGAUCGUGGGGCAGAAUGGAGGAGGUUUCCUCAGCUGUGAGAUUUUCAAGGAGCCAGAAUCAGCCACGCUUGGAGUGAGUCAGGUACCUCUGAGGAAGGCUGAACAGAAGGUGGAGAGGAAGGAGAAACCAAAGGCUCUAUCUGAAGAACUGCAGGAAAUUAAAGGAAAAGAAGUGGCUGGGGGAGACAGACUGGACCUGGUGUUGUUUGGGAGGAGAGGAGCUGGGAAGACGUUCGCAGGGAACACCAUCCUGGGACGGAGGGAGUCCAGUGUGGGUCCCGGCUCCUCUUCAGUGUGUGAGAGGAGAGAGGGAGAAGUGUUCGGUCGCUCGGUUACCGUGGUGGAAAUGCCAGCUCUCUGUGAUGCACAGCUCACUGCAUCCGCUGUGUCUCGUCUCUUUACCUCUCUCUGUGGCCAUGGAGUCCAUGCCUUCCUCCUGGUCACUCCAGCUCCUCCCCUCACUGAUGAAGACAAGGCAGAAAUAACCAGGAUUCAGGAGACAUUUGGCUCAAGAGUCACUGAUUACAUGAUGGUCAUUUUUACCCAUGAGAAUCCAGCUGCUCCACCUGUUCUUGACUUUCUGCAGCAAAGUAAGGAUAUUCAGGAGCUUCUGAGGAUCUGUGGAAACAGGUACUUUGUUUUCUACAACCAGCACAUUCACAACGACCCAGCAGUUCCAAAGCUUCUGGAGGUCAUAGAGGAGAUGAAGAGAGAAACAGGAAGCUGCUUUUCCCUGGAUAUGUACUGGGAGGCACAGCUCAAGAGGAAGGUUCGAGAGCUGGAGGCCAGGCACAAGACUGAGCUAGAGGAGAAGGACAGCAAGAUCAGAGAAUUAGCAGAACGUAUUAUGGGCACAUCACAGGGCGCUGGGGGUAAAGACCAGAGCUCUGACUGUGUGAGGAUAGUGCUCGUGGGGAAGACAGGAAGUGGGAAAAGUGCCACAGGAAACACCAUACUGCAGAGGGAGGAGUUCGAGUCGGAUAUCAGUAUGAAAUCAGUGACGACCUGCUGUAAGAAAGGAGUAGGGGAGGUAGCUGGCAGGCGCGUUGCUGUAGUUGACACGCCGGGUCUCUUUGACACAUCAUUUUCAAAUGAGGAGGUCCAGCAGGAAAUAGCCAAAUGCAUCUCCUUUUUGGCCCCAGGACCUCAUGUGUUUCUCCUAGUGCUACAGAUUGGAAGAAUCACGAAGGAGGAAAAGGACACAUUGCAGCUCAUUAAGAGCACCUUUGGUAAAAGGGCUGACAUGUUCACCAUAGUCAUAUUCACAAGAGGGGAUGCACUUACAAAUAAAUCCAUUGAAAGCUUCAUUCAACGAGGUGACCCUGUAAUCCAAAAUCUGAUUAAAGACUGUGGAAACAGGUUUCAUGUCUUCAAUAAUAAGGACAUGAGCAAUCGCACCCAAGUGUCUGAGCUGCUGGAUAAGAUAGCCGUGAUGGUUCAGAGGAAUGGAGGCUGUUACACCAAUGAGAUGUUCCAGGAGGCAGAAUUUACCAUAAGGAAAGAGUGCGAAAGAAUAAUGAGUGAGAAUGCGGAAGAGAUGCAGAGAGAGAAAGAGACGCUGGAGGCAAAACAUGAAGCGGAGAUGAAAGAGAUGAGGAGGAAGAUGGAAGAGCAGAGACACAAAGCAGAAGAAGAAAUAAUGCUUCAGGAAAAAAAUCUGAAAGACAAAGAAGAACAUUUCAGGAUGGAGCUAGAAGAGUGGAAGAAAAAAGAGAAGGAAAAAAAAGAGAGGAGAGAGAGGGAAGACACAGAGAGGAAGGCAAGACAAGAAUCGGAGUGGAAGAGCAAAAUAGAUGAGAUUGAGGAAACGAAAAGGACGCUGGAAAAGGAGUUGAAAUGUAGGGAAGAGGAAGAGAAGCAGAGGGCGGAAAGAGAGAGGAAACAGAGGAAAGAGCUGAUGGAAAAACAAAAAAGAGAAAAGAUAGAAUUUGAGGCAAGGCAAGCAGAAGAAAAGAAAAAGAGAGAAGGAGAGGAGCAGGAGAGGAAAAACAAUGAGGCGAGACAAAGACUUGAGUGGGAACAGAGAAUUAAAGAGGCAGAAAAUGAGAAAAAAGAGAUACAAGAAGACAUUAAGAAAAGAGCUAAGGAAUGGGAGCAGGAAAGGGAAAAGGAACAGAAAAGUAAAGAGAAGGAUGAGCAGUACAGGAGACAGAAAGAAGAGAAAGAGAGAACAGAGUAUGCAUUGAAAGAACGCAAAAUGCGGGAAGAGUUUGAAAAAGCAAUGAAACAAGAAAGACAAAAGGGAGAGAAUGAAAGGAGAUCUAAAGAGCAACUAGAAAGGGAGCUUGAAGAAAAGCAAAGGCAGCUGAAAAAACAACAAGAGCAGUUAGAUAAGGAAAGAAAAGAGGAGGCAGACAGAAGAUCUAAGGAGGACGCAGAGAGAAAAGAGGAGGAGAGGAAAAGGCUGGAAUUGUUGAAGAAGGAACUUGAGAAGGAACGUGGAAAACUUCAGAAGAGUAAGAUUGCUGAAGAGGCUAGGAAAACAAAAGAAGCGAAAACAUUGAAAGACAUGGAGGAAAGAUAUCAUAGAAUCAUUUUUGAAAAUAAUCGGAAACAUGAAGAAGCUGCUAGAAAAAAAGCAGAGGAAUUUAAUAACUUUAAGGAGGAACAGGGAAGAAAGCUAACUCAAUUACAAGAACGUUAUGCAAAUGAAUUGCGGGAGAAAGACGCAAAAAUUCACAGAUUGGAAAGAAAACAAUGUUUAAUAAUGUAGCGCUGAAACAGGCAUGUGUUCAUGUACUAGGCCAUGGAAUGUACAAUUACUUCUGUGUCGAUCAAGUUUUCCAUGUGGAAUGCUCCAAUGGACAGAAGACUGCCUUGUGAAAACAUAACUUUUGGGCCCUUUAUUAGCAGAUGCUUUCCCCACAUUUUUGUUUGAAUUUUUAAUGGUCAAUCAUGCAUGCUCACCCUGCAAGGGUCCUCAUCAGAAGCUCAGAUAUAAUAAGAGGCUCUCCUUGAAAGCAGGUGAUGUCAGCUGUAUGCUCUGUAUACCGUAGUUAGCAAGGCGGGUUGUAUGUGUGGCUCUGCAGAUGAAAUGGUGGACGCCAGACCUUGGGGCCCUGUCCAUGUUCCAGAACAUUCCAGAACAGUUCCUUAACAGGAUGAGCCACCCAGCAGCCCCAGGGGCCUCUAUAUUCAGGAACCGCAUAAAAGCUCUUUCAAAGAAAAAAAAAAAAACAUGGAUCAGGAACACAUCAGAUGUUCUCAAAGAUAUUUAUUUAUUCAUUUAGAGCAACCUCGCAUUACUGCCAGUUACAUCAUUACCAGCAGUCACUCCAUUACCUGUAAUGCUUCUUCUGAACAGUCCCAGGACACUGGAUGUAGCUGGGCUUACACUGAGUAGUUUUCAAACACUAUACAAGCAGAUUGACAUUAUUACAUUUACUACAACAGUGGGCCCAGAGUCAGAUUGUGUGAGAUCGGUGUCAGUUCCAGAAAUGUCCAGUGUGAGGAGGUGCCGCACAGAUAUAAACCCCAAGGCCCUGCUUCUACAGUGUAGCUUCCUGUUUGCCUUGUUUCUUCUU